CAGACCAAUGUGCCAAUUUUGUAUCGAUUGCUGAGAACGUGGUAGCCUGUCUAUUUAAUAGGCACGUCUACGGCUCUUCCUCUCCAGCUGUGUCUAUGGAGUUGUUGAUAAAAUGUUUUGACCCUCCGCCAGAUUGCGAUUAUGGUUACACUCUCAACAAUCUUGCAAACUUUGAGCAUACUGCACAAACAAAACAGUGAAAGGGAGCGAAAAAUUGGUGACCAUCUUGGUUAGCUGAGGUUACAGGUGUUAGUAAAUAUUAUUUCGGCUGGAUUCGAAAAUGGACUGUAAACAGCGUUCUAGCUAGCAAAUGGCAUUACGGAGUGGAUUGCUAGCUAGCUAGCUAACCAGCGAAAAUAUAGUUAGCUAGCUAGCUAGCAAAAACUUCUUUACAACGCAAAUGUAAUAACUAGUUAGGUUUCAUUGGCCGUGGCUAACUUUUAGCAUUUCGAAAGAUUUUUUUCUCUAGUUUCAUUUGUUUUAUGGAAUGCCAUGGAACUCUUAAUUAAACCAUGGACCAUCGAUUAGGGUGAAAGUUUCCAGCCAGCUACGUACUCGAUGUAGAAAAGAAAUCUAAAACUUGUAUAAAGAACACUAUAUUGUCUUAUUUACCUCAAUCAAUUAUCUCCAGUAGAAAAUAAUGGCUUCUCGGAUCUUGCUCGCAUAUUGCGGAAUAUUUCUGUGUUUGUCGCUGCUUUUGUGCUUUGUGGACGGUUCGAUGUGGCACGGCUGCGACAAUGGCAAGCUUCUGCUUGAGAGAGACCUGCUCCCCUCCUCCAUGCGCAGAUGCCCAGGGCCAUCCUGGCCAGAGUCCAACCAGAAACUCUCCAGUAUCGACACCAAAUAUCCAACACAGCCAGCCAAGCCUGUCUGCAUGGACACCCCUAUCACUUACAACCACACCAUCCCCAACAGUGGUGCUCAUAGACCUGUGGGGGCGGAGAGUGGAGAGUACUUGUACUGUCCACCACAGCGCUGGGUCCAUAACCUGCAGCGUGGAGCCGCAGUGUUCCUGUACCACCCUUGUGUCGCUCUCUCCCAGCAUGCCCUGCUCUCUGUCCUGGCACGUUCCUGUCUCUCCCACUACAUUAUCAGUCCCUUCCAUCAGCUGAGCACACACAGGCCGUUAGCGCUGGUCUCUUGGGGUCGCACGCUGGAGAUAUCACAUGUGACCGUGUUGGAAGUUUGCAAUUGGCUAGAACUGAAUGCAGCUGACAGCAUCAAGUCCACCAUGCAUCAAAGAGGGAAGUACAGUCUGUUGUUGACACGGUCAGCAGGUGCCUACUGGCUGAAGGACACAGUAUGGAAAGGAACACAGAAACAGCUGGCUGUGAAAAGACAACAGUCUCUUAAGAGCUGCUGUGUGGAAACUCUCAACACCUUUUUGGAGGGAGGAACUGAGAUGGAUUGGAGCAGAAUGAAGAAAAGCAGGAGAAGGAGAGCAAUCUUGAAGACUAGACUUGGGGACAAAGGGAAGGAUACAAAGGAGAUGGAUAAAGAUAAUCUAAGCACUGAGAUGCCUUCCUCUUCAGUCAAAGUGUUUGAUGGGAGGGCCCCACAGAGUACAGGCCCAGAUGAAUCCCAGAAGUUCAGCCCUACCCAUUGGCAAGAGCUGAACAAUGUAAAAGAAUCAAAGCCAAUACAGACCACAACAGGCAGAGGGGGGACAGACAAAAACCAAGCCCUGGGACUACAGAGGAGGGAAACCGAUGUAGUGGAAAAAGACGGAAAGGCUGGGUUAAGGGAACAAAAGAAUGAAGGGAAAGAAACAGAGGGGACAAAAAAGACGUUUGGAGUCUCACCGACACGGAAGACAGCAGAGGUGAAGGAGAUCCAUAUCUCGGAGGUGCAGGGAAAGCAGGAGAGGAGGGACACUUUGAGGGAGCUUCAGAGCACGGGAGAGGAGGGACACAAAGGGGAGGCCCACACAAAGACUCAACGCCAAAGGAAAAACGGCCAAGCGAACCUCAAACAGCAAACCGAGGCCAACGGCCACAAACCAGGCAACGGCAAAGGGACAGACCACGAUGGACCUGGACACUGUGCCUGCACUGAAAUGGCCGAACCAGCAGGGGCCGCUGUGAUGGGGCAGAGGCUCCCCACGCCCCGCACGGACGAAGCGGUGUGGGCGGCCGCAGCGCUCGGUUUUCUCCUGGUGCUGCUGGCGCUGUCGGUACUGCACACUCGACUGUACCAGCACUGGCGUACCGCGCCCAGCCUGUACUGGCACGACCCACAGCAAGACUACGACAGCGUGGCAGAUGUGAUCCACAGGAGGCUGAAAAUGGUGGGAAGGAGGAAGAGGAGACCAUCACAGAGCAGGAGGAAGGAGUGUGUCCUUUUACCCAACUCCAGCACAGACGACGAGUCCGAAUGACAAACUCACCCUCGUUGUACUCUCCCUCUCCCUGGAAUCUCUCUUUGGCUCCUCUUCUAGACUCCCCCCUCCGUAGCUUCUUCUAAAAGCUUGCCUCCAGAGUCAGUCUCUAAUUUUCUCCGUAACAUAAGGGUACCUUUGAGAGGAAAGUAUGACUGUGAGACUUGCUUAUAUUUCUCCUACUGUGAUGUCAUGGAGGAAUAAGGACUGCGGUGAAACAGGGUGCUCCCUGGGAAGGACACAUCUGACUGCUACAGCCAGAUAGGCUCAUUUUA